GUACAUUUCUAGCAGCCAAUGAGCAUCGCGAGUUAUCGGGUUACGCAAGAUGGCGUACGUCGCUAGCCUCCCUUGCUUUUGCUCUGUCAGCUUCGUUUCAUCCUUGCUUUAACACGCUAAGCUUAACUCUCCUCGGAAUUAUGGUCGGAAAGUCUCACUGUUUUGCCUGUGAUGCUUUCAACACUGCUCAGCUUAGUUGUGCUUGUGCUCGGUCUGAUGCUGUGUCAUAAGUGGAAUCCCUUUCUUGGAAGCGUAGUAUGUUGUAUAUUAACUUACUACGGCAUCAAGAAGGUUUUGCAAGGAAAGCUAGACAGUGUGAUCGGAAAGUUUUCCAGAGGAAGCGCUACGAAAUGUCGCCUGCCAAAGAACGCCUUUAUCCUGCCAGACAACGCUGUGAAAUUUAUGAGUCACCUUUAUGGUGUACUCACAGGCAAGGAGCCUUCAGGCACGGAGUUGCGGAUCAGCAGCACCUGUCUCACUUCGUCUUCUCAGAGCGAAGAUGGCGACUUAGAGCGUCACUGUCCGUCGGACUACGUCACCGCAGAGGUGAAGGCUUUUGUUGACAACAUAAAAACGCACUACAUCGACUCCUGGUACACCGACGUGAGCAGCAAUCUGGAUUUUCCGAAAGAGCUCGAGUACAUUAUCGAAGAUGUGUUGCGGGCACUUUACCUACGGCUGGGUUCUCUGGAUGUGUGUAGCCUGCUAGAGAAAAUGUUGCCCGUGGUGCAAGCUCAUUAUAGAAAAUAUAGGACGUGCCUCUUGGCCGUGGAGCGCACCAAGAGGCACAGCUGCGACGAGUCGUGCGACGCACUGCGGCGCGAAACAAUCAGGAGGCGAUUUCCUUUGAAGCACGUUGCCUUCGAGAGCGAAACCUCGGAGCAGCACUAUCUGAGAGGGAUCACUUCGGUGUUGGUCAAGCUCCUAGAGCCACCUCACUUGCUGGCCAGUCCGGCAACAAAUGCUCUUGUGGUGGACAUCCUUACUAACAACGUACUCGCCCCUGCUGUCGACCGUUUGUGCAUGCCCGAAUGGCUCAAUUGGGCGUUGCUCUUCGUACUUUCAAUGGAAGAAGAUGCAGAAAUACUUUCCAUGAAAAACUGUGAUGUGCCAGAUCAACAUGCCAAACAGGGCAACACAGAGAGUGGUGAUGGUGACUGUCCAUGCAAGGCAAAGCAGAAGCCUUCGAGUACAGAUGUGUGUGCUACCACAGAGAGUGCAGGCACUAACCAGUCUUCCAAUGUCAAUCAGGACGAGACAUCUGUGUUGCCUUGUCGAGAUUCCAGCUCAUUUAGUCUCAACUCAGCCAAAGGUAGCGAGUACCUGACUCUCCCAGCUGUUUAUGUUGGUACACAAGAUCACUCGGUAAAAAUCUUUAGUUCCAAGGAUUUUGAAAAGGCUGUGGAAGCAGAAGUUUUCUUGGGGUCCUUGGUGUUCUCGGACAUCCGCAUAACGCGCACAGAAUCGAGGUCUGUGCCUGGAAAAGGGGUACACACAGUUUACUGCAUCAUGUAUGAAAUUCGCAAGCACAGCGAAGACGCAACCGCACCCAUGACUGAAGUCCGCAAGGUAUGGAGGAGGUUCAGGGAAUUUCUGGAACUACAAGGAAGCCUUGAAAGCAACACACACUUGAGAAAGCACCUGAAAGGAAUUCGUGGCCCCAGUCGUGGAUUGGGGAGUGUUUUGUCUGACAAAAAAAAUGUCCAGGAGCGGCUCAUAUUUCUGCAGCACUAUUUAAAGCUUCUCUGUAGCCGCGAAGCAGUUGUAAACAGCAAAGAGUUUCACAAGUUUCUUGACUAUGCCGAGGACAUAGAAGAGCAACCAGUCACUCAAAUGCGGCGACAGGCGUCAUCAAGUCGUUUAGACCGGGUCUUUGUGCAAGGAGUUAAAAGCACAUUGGAGCUGCUCAAGACAGCUCUCCCUGGAGACGAUCACAGUUCCAUAAGCCCACUCUCACCUCUAGAAGGCAGCAUGGUGCUGAUGUCCGACUACCUUCCUGCUGAUCUUGAGUAUUCAUUUUCUGAAGACAACCAUUCUCAGCUGUUGCAGCAGUGUAUGUUCAACUUCAUUGACAACUUUGACCAGGCGUCAUCACCUGAAUUCUCACCACCACUCACCCCAAGCUCUUUGCCGCUGCCUCAGGACCGAUCACCGAGCAAUGCAUCGUACAAGAGUUUCCAGGAACUGCCAACCCCUGAGGUCCACUUCCCACCUAUGGAGGAAGACAUUGUGCCGUUGUGGAGGGGUAAUGCCCCACAGACGCCCAUGGAACAAGUUGCAGAGUCCCUCCAUUUGGACAUUCCUCUCUUUGCUUCGGCAGUUGACUUUGUAGUGGACUCUCUUGAAGAUGGCCAUGUUUGCAAGUCAGCUCAGCUAGUCCUGUUUGUUGAACUCUUAAUGGGUAGAGCACUUGAGACGUCUCUCAGGGAUCAACUGACUGCACUAUUCGGGGUGGCCAAUUGCACUUUUUACUUGCAUCGGUUGCAUGAACAAUUGUGGGGCUCCGAACCCAGUGCACAGGUAUUUAGGGAAGCUCAGGUUGCACGGGGUUUGGUGAAGAUUGUGCCUGUGUGGGCACAGCUAAUUUUUGGUGUGGACAAUGUGUGCAAAGCAGCAAGGACACUUGCCAAAUCCAUACAGAUUCUUGACCUGAACAAAUGUCUAGUUUACCAGUUGCUUGACAUCCUGGUCGAUUCCCUGCUUGCUCAGGACAAUUGUGAUGCCAGGCUUGAAGAGAAUGCCUGAUAGAUUUAUUUACUGUUUCUUCCCAUUCAAUACUUGCUUUAUUGGCCCCAGUGUUGAGCCCUUUGUAUACGGUGUAUUCUAUUUCAAGCCUUUAUUUAUUUACUGUUACCUGGACACCUUGUUGUGACGUUUGUUACAUAGCGUGGUACACUGUGUACAAUAAAUUUAUCAUUCCAUA